CGCGCUUCACAUCACUCCAUCGCCUCUUAUUUUACCCAAAUAUCCUCUUCCCAAUUUCAUUCCAUUUUUCCAAUUAAAAAAACAACAUUAUGGCCUCUCUUCCAAUUGCAUUCUCUCCCGCCGCCGGACGCGUAUUCGCAGCCACCGCGGCCAAAGGCGCCGGCGAAAGCAAGAAAGAAAAGGGCCUUCUUGAUUGGAUCAUCGGCAGCUUGAAUAAGGAUCAGCUUCUUGAAACCGACCCUGUUCUUCAAAAAGUCGAAGGCAAGGACGGUACCUCCGGUAACGGCACCGGCACCGUCCGCGGCCGAAAGAAUUCCGUCCAAAUCCCCCCCAAGAAGAACGGCGGCGUCUUUGGUGGUCUCUUUGCCAAGAAAGACUGACACUGGCGGCGGGGCGGCGGCGCCAUUUCAACUCAUAUAUAAUUUCUUUGUUCUGUUGCCUUUUUUCUUUUCUCAUGUUGCUCUGAUUGAUUAUUUUUCAAUACUAUCUAUGGUUACAUUAUUAA